AUGGCGGCCAAGAAAAGCAUGAAGGAGUCUCGUGGUAGAAAGUGGAGUGAGGAUGAACUUAACGAGUUUGCAUCUGUUCACGCAGACGACCGAACUGAAUUUGCAUUAACUUUGGAGACUCUUGCACUCAAAAAGUCAGCUAAUGUUCAUAUCUUUGAAGCCAUUAAGAAAGAGUUAGAUGCUCGUUUACAAGCGAAGACAACAACCAGUUCUAAGGAAGGAAAAGCAAAGGAAAUCGAUACAUCAGUUGUUAAGCUAAGAGCAAAAUAUAAAUGGCUGAAAGAGCAGUGGAGGAAAAAUUUGUUCGCAUUUCGCGGGCUUGAAGUUCAUUUUUGGCGCCGCUUUAACUCGUGUCCAGUGUCUUCCGAGAGUAGAGUCUAG